AUGCCUGCAAUGUCGUCGCCUUUUGCGACUUUCCUCAUCGUCGGACUCCUUUUCGCAUCGUUCCCUUACGACUACAACAUCCUUUGGACCACACCUCCGUCGGUCGUCCCCGGUGUGGACCCGCGUGGGCCCUACUACCAAAUGCUCGAGGACCACCUCAAGUUCAUCCACGCGUCCCCACCUCUGAUCUCGCGCAUCCUCCACAUUGUCAUUGGAACCGGUCUCUUGGGCUUCAUCACCAAGCUCUACAGACCUUCUGAAGCCAACCUCCUCUUCGAUGGUGCCAGUCUUGUGCUUUACAUGUGUGGUGUCACUGUCUACAUUGCCAACAUUGUCAAGGGCAUGCGCGUCGUCACUUCGGGUGUCUAUGGCAACCCUGCUCUUGCUGCGGGUCAGGUCGACGAUUCUGGCGAGUACCUUGGAAGAGAAGAUUCGCUCAAGGUCCUGGCUGCCAAGAUGGACAAGAAGCAUGAUGAGAAGAAGGCUCUGCAAAAGGAGCACAAGGAAAAGAAAAAGCAAUAG